CGGGCAGCCUCCGAGUGGGCCACGAGGGUCUUGGCACCACCUCCUGGCCCCUGCCACAUUGCCCUGGCGGAGGCGACUUACAGCCCUUAUAAGGAGCGGAGACGCGGGGCCAGGCUGGGCCUCCCGCCCCUGCAACCACCGCCCAGGGAUCUCCCUCCGCCGACUGCCAGGCUGGGGCUAGGUUAACAUCACUCACGCCCCUGGCGGGCCAGAAGGCCGGCCCUUUGUCCGCAUUUGCUUCCACUCCGCCCACGGGCAAGUCCUAGGGGAGGAAGGAGAGGGCGGUGCUUCCUCGGGGUAACCUCUGAGACCUCGCUCUCGGGCUCGCCGCCAAGGCACCUGAUCAACCUUUUCCAGGUGCGCCACCCUCGUCGCCUUUGCAGCGCGAUCUUUCUCCUUCCGGUCGUCAGUUAAGACCGCAGCCAUGCCGGUAUCAGUGACCCGCACGACCAUCACGACUACAACAACGUCCUCCUCCUCCACCAUUGUGGGGUCCCCUCGGGCACUGACCCAGCCCCUGGGCCUCCUCCGCCUCUUGCAGCUAAUAUCCACUUGCGUGGCUUUCUCGCUGGUGGCCAGUGUGGCCGCUUGGACUGGGCCCAUGGGUAACUGGGCCAUGUUCACCUGGUGUUUCUGCUUUGCGGUGACGCUCAUCAUCCUGAUUGUGGAAUUGGGCGGACUCCAGGCCCGCUUCCCCCUGUCGUGGCGAAACUUCCCCAUCACCUACGCCUGCUACGCGGCUCUCUUCUGCCUGUCGUCGUCCAUCAUCUACCCCACCACCUAUGUGCAGUUCAUGGCUCACGGACGUACCCGGGACCACGCCAUCGCGGCCACCACCUUCUCCUGCGUCGCCUGUUUGGCCUACGCCACCGAAGUGGCCUGGACUCGUGCAAGGCCGGGUGAGAUCACUGGCUACAUGGCUACCGUGCCGGGGCUGCUCAAGGUUUUCGAGACCUUCGUAGCCUGUAUCAUCUUUGCCUUCAUCAGCGAACCAUUCCUGUACCAGCAAAAGCCGGCCCUGGAGUGGUGUGUGGCAGUCUACGCCAUCUGCUUCAUCCUGGCUGCCGUGACCAUCCUGCUCAACCUGGGGGACUGUACCAACAUGCUGCCCAUCCCCUUCCCCACCUUCCUGUCAGGCCUGGCCUUACUGUCUGUCCUCUUGUAUGCCACCGCCAUUGUCCUCUGGCCCCUCUACCAGUUUGACCAGAGGUACCAUGGCUACCCGCGGCGGGCGGCGGAUGCAAGCUGCGCGUAUACACACCCCCACUCGGUGUGUUACUGGGACCGCCGGCUGGCGGUGGCCAUCCUGACAGGUGUCAACCUGCUGGCCUAUGUGUCUGACCUGGUGUACUCCGCCCGGCUGGUGUUUGUCAAGGUCUAAGGUUAACAAGGGGCUCCCCUCCCCGUCCCUUCUGGCAACCUCUCCAUCUUAUUGGCCACGUUUUUGGUACCGUCCUGUUUCCUCUUCCUCCUUAUAUUUUCCUCCUGACUCAUUGUUUUCUUUCCUUGUUUCGCUUUCUUCCCUUUCCUCUUCCUGUUUGCCUAUCUAUCAUUUCCUGUUUUGCUGCCCCGGAGCUGUCUCCACGGCCCUCUGCUUUACCUCUUUCAAAUUCCUAUCCCCACGGUUUCCCGGGGAGCCCUCGGAGUUCUUGCUUUCUCUCUCCCUCACCCCUCAAAGGUGCUGACCCCACACAUCCCACACUCCUUUGCAGUUCUUCACCCCCAUGGGCCUCUUUAGGGCUCUCAUUGCCAAAGCAUGCCUGCCUGCCUGCCUGCCUUAGCUGUGCCUUAGUAUGUGCGUGUGUGUUAAAGGGGUUGAGGACCAGGCGUACAGUACACCUCUCCUUUAAGUUCAAAACCAAAAAAAAAAAAAAAACAAAACCUGGAGGUCAAUAAUUCCC